AUGCUUCAUGGAAUGAACGAGAGACGCAUUGCUCACCGUGGCCUGGAACGCCGAACGGCGUCUUCCACGAGCACGACCACUGACUCGCAGGAAUCUUCUCUUACGGAUGCUGAGACGACGCUCACCAUCCGCAUCAGUACCAGCGACUCCGUGACUUCCACUAGCGCCACCUCGUCUGCUAAGACGUCGACCUCGACUCACACAUCAUCUACGUCGAUGUCUUCAACGUCUACGACGACGACAUCGAUAACUUCAUCUACCCUGUCGUUGUCGACGACCUCCUUAUCUACGACCUCUUCCUCUUCGUCCUCAUCGUCGUCGUACUUCUCGACCUCAAGCACAGUAAGCGCGGAAGCGACCAGUUCAUCAACUCAUACCACGGCAAUCUCUGUUACCGUAUCAGCAGCAGCUAAAUCAGUCUCAACCAGUGAUGUCGCAUCAGCAUCAGCCAGUUCGACCAGCGGGACAAGCCAUACGGGUGCAAUUAUUGGAGGCCUUGCCGCAGGCAUUAUUGGACUUGCGUUGGUCAUCGCUACAGUAGGGUUCUUCUUGCGUCGAUGGCGUACAAAUCGUCGCGAAACGGAUGAAUUCGACGCUAAGACCUUUCGACGUUCUGCCGUUCUCAUGCAUGGCCCGCGUUCAGAUCCCGAUACUGAUCGUUCGUUUAACCCCCGUCCUCCUAGCAUGCUAGAACGUCGCAAUCAUCCUAUGUCGUUUGGAACGCAAUAUGGAGCACCAGGACCUGCCUAUGCUCCUCCAGAGCGUUCGCAACCACACUAUGGUGCAGGGGUGACCCUUGGCUAUUCCCUGGCUGCAAACUCCGCCAAUCCAUUGUUUGCCCCCGCCGUACAUAAACAAGUCGAUGAUACACCUUCAGCAUUCCCUGUACCGUCCGAUACUCCCCAGUAUGUCUACAGCUAUGAUUUAGAUGAUGGUCCGUUGCCCUCACCGGUGUAUGGACUUGGCGGUCCGACCAUACCAGCGAGGACACCAUCGAAUCGCACUUCUGAGAACACUGUCAGCCGGAACGUAUCGAUCUCACGUAGUACCGCCACUUACGAUCAGUCUGUUCACCAUUCCUCCGUGGCCUCCAGUGCUCCCUGGCAGAGCCUACCUGUACCAGCGAACGAUUACAUCGACGUCGCUCGAUCCAGCGUCACCCCCUUUCAAGCUGCUCAGUAUGCAGAGAUAGCGAACCGACUAGACACCGAAGUUCCUCAGGGAUUGGAUACACCGGCUGUGAAUGAAUAUGUGCAUAGCAGGAAUGCGUCCCUAGCAACUAAUGGUUCAGGGACACCACCUGUAGUUCCGCCGAAGGACAGCUAUAAUACCCAAGCUACUUCAGCACCCAGUCCGUCCCCCAAACGAACAUCUGUUCAGUCUCAAGCAUCAGUGGACAUUAUGAAGGACCUCGAAUUCCCUGCCCCGCCAUCCCCGGUUCUAUCUACCUCGUCCCGUUAUCGUGUUGACUCCACCCCUCCCACUCUUCCCGAAAUAUCCAUAGAUCGUGGAUCUGUCUCGCAAUAUUCCCUGCCGAGUUCUUACCGAGAUAGCACCAGCAGCACCCCGAUGUCUUCUCCAUUUACAGGUUCUGGUUCCGGCUUCCCCAGUGGUGUCAGUCAAACCAUCACUGUAGCCGGCAAGUUGAGCACUCAGAGCAGGUUCCCAACUACCCCCAGCCCACUCGGAAGCAGCUUUGUGAUGACUCCUCCUGCAGAGAGGAAGAAUGGGUUCCCUUCCAGUCCAACUCCCUCGAGUCCCACUAUACCUGCCGUCAAGAGGCCAGAAACAAUUUACCAUGCGGAUGACGCCUAUGGGGGUAUCUGA